UCUCUUUCUCUCUCUCUCUCUCGUCUCAAAAAAAUCUCUUUUUUUUUUUCUUUCUUGAUGUCAAAUAUCGCGUUCUCAAUCCGAAGAUCGAGUUUGAUUCGAUUCCUGAUUUCUUUCACAUAAGAUUUAUUCCAUCUGGAAUCUAUCACUGGAAUUCUCGUUUUUUGGUGAAUCGCUGAGCUAGUUGUCUGGAUUGCUGGUGAGUUCUGGAUUGGAUUUAGUUGGGGUGAUGGGAGCGGGGGUUUCAAGCAUGGUUGGGCCGGAAGGGGAUGGAGGAGGUCACCAGACGGGGCUUGGGGACAUUCCGGAGAGCUGUGUGGCUGAGGUGAUGCUGCGGCUUGACCCGCCGGAGAUCUGUGCGCUGGCACGGUUGGGGAGGGUGUUCCGUGGGGCUGCGACGGCGGACUUUGUUUGGGAGGCGAAGCUCCCAGAUAAUUAUCGGUAUAUGAUGAAGGUUGCGUCGGAGGAGCGGAAGGAUGGGUCUUGGGACAAGAUGAGCAAGAAGGAGAUCUUUGCUAAGCUUUGUCGGCCUAAUCCGUUUGAUGGGGGCGCUAAGGAGUUCUGGCUGGAGAAGUGGAAGGGUCAGGUUUGCAUGUCAAUUUCUUCAAAGGGACUGGCCAUCACUGGUAUUGAUGACCGAAGAUAUUGGAAUCACAUUCCUUCAGAUGAGUCUAGAUUCCACUCAGUUGCAUAUCUUCAGCAAAUCUGGUGGUUCGAGGUGGAUGGUAAUAUUGAGUUUCAGUUCCCUCCUGGAACAUACAGCCUUUACUUCCGUCUUUACCUGGGUCGACCCACCAAGAGACUCGGCCUCAGAAGUUGCAGUCCUGAACACAUCCACGGGUGGGACAUAAAACCGGUGCGAUUCCAUGUCUCAACAUCCGAUGGCCAGCAAGCUGUCUCAAAGCAGUUCCUUCGUGGUGCCGGGACUUGGAUUCAUUACCAUGCCGGUGAUUUUACCGUCCAGGACUCUAGUUCAAUCACCAAAGUCAAGUUUUCAAUGACACAGAUUGAUUGCACACAUACUAAAGGUGGUCUUUGUGUAGACUGUGUUUAUAUAUAUCCAAAGGGAUUUAGAAAACAGUUAUUCCCUGUUCAUACAUAGUUAUGUCCAUGCAUAACCUUUUGAAUCUCAAGAGACAAGAGAAAGAGAGUCAUCUUAUGAGGUAGUUUUUUGUCAGGCAAGCGAGUGAAGAGAGUUCAUACAAACUUGUGUCAAUUUUGAAAGUGGAUAAGAAAUGUAUGAACUACAUCAUCAGUCUUUGUACAUAAAGCUGUAAUUAUAUAUGUAUGUGUAUCGAGUUAAAAAGGCUUGUAUAAUAACAUAGCAUUGUAUUAAUGUAUCUGUGAAGGUAGUUUAAUUGAA